ACUUUGUCCCGGAAGUGUGCCAAGUUAACACGAUCUCGUGAAGCAGAAAAAGCUUAAAGAAAGUUCAUUGAAGAUGCAAGAGGAUAGGGAGGUAGAAAUCGUGUCUUUUGACCCCUCACCUGAAAAUCUGCUGAGAAAUAUAGCUGAUUUAAGGAAUGAAACUCUCGCCAUGCGUAGUGCUGCAAGGGAAAUGCUUGACCGCUCUAUAAACUUGGAAAGAAGCAUAGAGAUAGAAGAAGCUGUACUGAAUCAUCGAUUGGAAAAUCCAGGUCCUUCAGCAGCUUAUGCGCAAGCGUUAAGUGUGCCAAUGCCACCUUUAUUACUGGAUACUAACACAGUGGACGCGCAAUACUGUUUUGAGAAUCUCGCCAUCACCUACCCUUUAGAUGCAGGGCGCUUACAACAAUUCUUAAUUGAAGUGAAAGGGAAAAGUGCUAAUUUCAAACCCGUGGUGGAGAAAUAUACCAAAGAAUUCCUGUCUUUUCGUAAACAGCUUAUAUGGUUGAAACAGGCAUUACAGCACAGACAAAGUCUGUAUGGCAAGAAGAAAGGCCUUCCUAAAAGAAUGUUUGACGACACAUUGUUAAAGAGACUGAAGCAUACAAUUAUUCCUGAUCUUGAUGAUCUGAUCGACAAUCAGAAGAAUUGAAGACACCUUGUUGAAGACACUGAAGACUUUUUUCGGGUCUUGACGAUCUAAUCGGUUGAAGAUAACUUGUUGAAAAUAUUGAAGAAGAUUCCUGUUCUUCGCACAAGGACAGUUAAUAAUAUUUUUCAAAUAUUUUUUUCGUUGUAACAUGGGAAAAAAGAAAUUGAAUAAAAUGUCAAUUUAUAGAAAGGUUCAUCAC